AUGCAUCUGCAAACUUUCGGCAGUGUUCCCAAUGAGGUGGAUGAAGUUACACGUGGAAGACAUUUUCAAUCGGGAAUGUCAGGAUGGUUUCACGCUAAAAUGCUAAAAAACUGUAAAAGAAGCCCAAGUCCCCCUGCAACUUACGCGAAAUAUUUGGAUGAUUUUGAAGAAUGUGAGGAAACUCAAACUUUACCAACUACGAGCUCUUCCAGCUUAUCGAAAAGCUCCCGCAAACAUAAUCGACGGCAGUUUUUAUCCGAAAGUUACAAUGAAUCAGCGUUUGACGAUUUUGGACCAGUCGAAGACAGCAAAUAUGGUGGUUUUAUGAAAUCAUCAGUCAAAAGUGAAUUACAUUAUUCUUACACUACAUCAAAGUUUUACUCUUGUAAUUGUGCUAAUACAUAUGCAUCGAAUUCUUCAGACGACCAAAUCAGUUAUAAACAGGAUGCGGCAAGUGAACCAUCGAAGGAAAACAAACCCAAAUCAAUUUAUGAAUUAAAAGAACGCGAAAAAGCAGUUAAGCAUGCAAAUAAAAUUUGCUAUGCAUUUGCAAAAUUUGGUGAUUGUCAUUAUGGUGAAAGUUGUAAAUUUUCACAUGAUCCGAAUUUGCUAGCCAAACAGCAGCAUUCUGUAUCUUCACGUUCACAAUACAGUGAUGGUGACGGAAAAUCAUUAAAGUCAUUCGUGAGUGAAAUGGAAAAUUCAAAUACGACAUGUCAUCAGUUAGAGCAACGUUUGAUUGAAAUUCAGCGUGAACUUUCAUUAUUAGAAGAUGGAAAGAAGCCAAAGUCUUCAAUUAUAAUACCUAGAAGAAAUCAGUGUGUAUUUGGAAGCACUUCAAAAGCUGCUAUUAACGUCGGUGGGGAUUUCAUCGUAAAGAUAGGAACAUCUCGUAAAGAUCAUGAGGACAGCAAACAAAGUAAAUGUGCUUCAGAAACUUAUCGAAAUAGUGAAAAAGGAGAAAAAGCUAACCAUGAUAGACUUAAAAGACUUGAUACCACAUCGAAGGAAAAAAUGCUAAAGAUUGAUACUGGUGGUGGUAGUUCAAGCAGGAGCAAGAAGAAUGGAAAAGCACUGAAAUUAGAUGAUGUUAUUGCCGAUGACAUUUCAAGUUCAGAUGAUGAAGAAAAGGAAACUCCGCCAAACAAGAAGGCAAAAGUGUUGGUCACUGAAGAGAUUUCUGAUGAGUCAGAUACGAAGCAGAGCGAAGUUGGAUCACUUGUAGAAGAAGAUGGUGAAUUGAGUCUAGUGUCCGAAGAUGAAUUUCGCUGUGAUCAGAUUUCUGAAGACGAACGUGAAAAUUCGGCAGAACCCUUCAAACUUUCAUCUCUUAUGGAUUCAAGCCAGUUAGUCGAUAUCAGUGAUGACGAAUUAGAACCUAAAGAAAAAAAAACUUUACGUGAUGAACUUUCUUUUCCACUUGUGUUUCAUGACAACGUUCUUAUCGUAGACUGCCUUUCUGCCAGAUUUAUCAACAAACUGUCUUCAAAAGGUUUCGACGGUAUCAUUUUAAGCUAUAUAAUUCUCGUGGUUGUAUAUUAUUUUACUUAUAAAGCAUUAUCCAUCUUUAUAUUUUUCAUAAUAACUAUUGAUCUCACUUUUAUUACUUCAUAGCA